AUUGUAUAUUUUUUAAAAAGCGUUAGCAAUAGUUUAGAGUGUAGUUUACCAAAAAAAAAAAAAAAAAGUCGCUAGGAAAUUAUUGUUGUUAACUGCGAAUCCAAGGGAACUCCACCUAAGGACCCUUCCUCUUUCUAUCUAAACCCUCUUCUUUUUUUCUUCGUUUAAGGGUUUCCUUUCUAUUGUCUCAUACUUUGAAAAAUCUGUCUGGACUUUUUAAUUUUAAUACCAAAAUACAAUGGGUGAGAGUGGUAAGCGUAAUCGAGGUCAAAGAGAUAAUGAUGGGGAUAGUAGGAAUCAGAAGAGAAGAUUGAAUGAUAGAGAUGAUAAAAGCAAUAAUGAACUUGUUGUUUAUAGAAUACUUUGCCCUGAUGAGGUGAUUGGGAGUGUCAUUGGUAAAGGUGGUAAAGUCAUAAAUUCGAUUAGGCAAGAGACGAGGGCAAAGGUUAAGGUGGUUGAUCCAUACCCUGGUUCUAAGUAUAGGGUUAUUACGAUAUAUUGUUUUGUUAAGGAGAAGGAAGAAAUUGAGGUAGAGGAUGAAUUCUAUAACAAAGGGCCUUUAUGUGCUUCUCAAGAUGCUCUGCUUCGAGUUCACACUGUGGUUGCAAAUGCCAUUGCUGUCAUGGGGGAUUCUGAAAAGAAACGGACAGAUAAAUACAGGGAGGAAUGCCAAAUUCUUGUCCCAUCUAGCCAAUCUUCUAACAUCAUUGGGAAGGCGGGUUCAACUAUUAAGAAACUGAGGGGCAAGACUCGGGCCAACAUUAAAGUUACUGCUAAGGAUGCUGGUGAUCCAAGUCAUUCUUGUGCCAUGGAUUUUGACAACUUCGUUCAGAUAACUGGUGAACCGGAGGCUGUUAAGAAAGCACUUUUUGCUGUUUCUGCAAUCAUGUACAAGUUCAGUCCCAGAGAAGAAAUCCCUCUUGAGACAACAGUGGCAGAAGCUCCUCCAGCUCAAAGUAUCAUUAUCCCAUCAGAUGUUCCUAUUUAUCCUCCAGGUGGCUUAUAUCCGAAUCCAGAUCCUGUUCUUCCUUCUAGAUCAGUUCCACCUAUAUUGGGUGCUGCACAUGUGUCAGAUCUUCAGGGAUAUGGUGAUACAGGGAGUACCUGGCCCGUGUACUCAUCUGCUCUUCCCCUUGUUUCGGGGUUUUCUGGUGCCUCCCGAUCUGAAGAGUUGAUAGUCAGAGUACUCUGCCCAUUUGACAAGAUUGGGCGUGUCAUUGGAAGGGCAGGGAGUACUAUCAAAAGUAUAAGGCAGGCAAGUGGUGCUCGUAUCGACGUUGAUGAUACAAAGGCUGAUCGCGAUGACUGUAUUAUAACUGUAAUAGCUACAGAGUCACCUGAUGAUUUAAAAUCCAUGGCUGUUGAAGCUGUUCUAUUGCUGCAAGGGAAGAUUAAUGAUGAAGAUCAUGAAACUGUAACUAUGAGGCUCCUCGUUCCAUCUAAAGUUAUUGGUUGUAUUAUUGGAAAAGGUGGUUCUAUUAUAAAUGAAAUUCGGAAGAGAACUAAAGCUGAUGUACGUAUAUCAAAAAAGGAUAAGCCGAAGUGCGCUGAUGCCAAUGAUGAGCUUGUUGAGGUUGCUGGAGAAGUUAGUAGUGUUAGAGAUGCACUUAUACAGAUUGUUCUAAGGCUCCGAGAUGAUGUUUUGAAAGAAAAAGAUGGUGGUCAUAACCCUUCUGUAGGUGCUGAUGCUCUCUACUCGGGUGGUGCAAGUCUUUCAGUAUCAUCUCUCUUGUCUUCUGUUCCUCCAGUUGCUACUUUGGCUUUUGAUCAAAGGGCUGAAAGUGGAAGUGACCUUGGUGUUCUUUCUUCAAGCAGCCUCUAUGGAUAUGGAACCCUGCCAAUGGGGGAAAACGGCUAUGGGUCCAUGCCCUCAUAUUCAUCGAAGCUCUAUGGAGGCUUGCCUGCAUCUUCAACUCUUGAAAUAUUGAUCCCUUCAAAUGCAGUCGGUAAAGUGAUGGGCAAAGGAGGGCUCAAUUUAGCCAACAUAAGAAAGUUAUCCGGGGCAAUGAUUGAAAUUUCUGAAUCCAAAUCCUCUCGAGGGGAACGUGUAGCUCUUAUAACUGGCACUCCACAGCAGAAGCGUGAAGCUGAAAACUUGAUUCAAGCAUUUAUAAUGGCUACUUGAAUCUUAAAGAUCUUGGUAGUUGAAGGUGAAUAGUUUAGAAUCUUGGAAUUUUCUUCCUCAGAUGUUUCCUCAGUCAUUCCCUUAGUUUUGCUUUUUGGAGAUGACUUCCUAUUCUAGUUUUCUUCAACCAAACUCCCUGUAUUUCGUCCAUAAGAAUGCCUUUCAAGAUCUUUCCGGAAGACUUGCUGCUGGUUUAGCAUUCAUGGGAGUUCGGUUCCCUCCUCGUUGCUUAAACUAUUAUUCUCCAUCUGUGAUAUCUUAGCAACUUCUUAGGAUCUUUCAUUCCUUGGGAACUGUUACAUCAGAUCUUUUCUUAGUAUGGCGUCCUUAUUUCCAUUACUUUUAUACUCUGCGUUUAAUGUUUACUCCUAGAAAUAACAAAUUCAUAGUAUGUUUGUUUAUUAUAUGUCUACCUAUCCCUCUCUUUCUCUCUGCUGCUCAUAUCGUCCUAUUGAUGGUACAAUGUGAUACUUCGAUGAAUAUUCCCCCAUCAUCUUUUUCCGUGGUCUGUUUCUAGUGCUAUAUCAAAAGAAAAAGGGAAAUGAUCUACCGUAAAUAAAUAGCAUAUUGACUCUUCUGUGAAGAAUGUUCUCGGUUUCUUUCUUUCUAUUCAUAAUGUUGUGCCAUGUUCCUGCUUCGUGAAUCAGUCAAUGCAAAAACUGAAUACUGUGUUCUAUCUCAUACUAAAAUUUUCGGAGCUUCUCUUGAUACCUCAAUUAUCAUUCAUUGCUGCAAAUUUUGCAUCAUGUCUGAUGGAAUUCUGCAUAACUUCUACAUCUUGGACUGUUUUCUGCUUGAUAAUGAUUGCAUGUAACUCAUUCACUCUACUCUUUUGCUUCCCUGGAUCUUGAUUUGCCAAGUGAACUGAAAUAAUAUCAUUAUCUUACUAUUGGCUUACGAUUUUCUGAUCUUGAAUGAUCCCCAGUUGCGCAACUUUUCCUUGCAAACAGGAAAUGCAUGUUUCUUAAGGCACCUUCCUUUAGAAAUCAAAAAUCAGUUGAGCUUGUUGGCAAAUUCCAUUUAUCAUGUUGUCAGAUGCCUAUAUUAAUGGUUGCAUAGCUCAUGAACAUCAUUAAUGAUGCUUGCAUCCUUCACAAUGGCAUCAUUUCCUAGAAUGGCAUGCAUACAUCAUCUCCACCAUAUUUACUCUUCUGGCUUUUGAUAUGAAUGUUUUUUAAUUGUUGAAUUUUUUCUUUAGACAUCACAUUUCCCUUUCCAUGGCAUUUUCCUUUGCAGUGGCUUUCGAUCUUUCUUUUGAUAUCGUUUACCUCUGAUCAGUGCCCUCCUGCACCCCUUCCUUGCCAUUGAUAACAUAGUGAAGCUGCUUUGUAUAGGUUGCUCCCACUAGUCAUUUUCUUGAAGUAUCCGUCUCCAUCACUCAUAUCCAACACUUAUUCAAGAUAAGGGUACAAGGAUAUAACCCUCCAAAGACAUGGAAAAACAUAGAAAAAAGUAAUCACACCUGUUUCUGACAUUUACACCAAAGUCUGAGUAACAUAGCUUUUUGUUCUUAGACAAUGAAACUAUGAGGUGCAUUGCUGUUCUUAUUUCAGUAGUUUCAGCAUUCCAGUGCUUUACACCGGCAACCUAGUCCCAUUUCUUGAGUCUCAUCCAGCAGCAGAAUGAAACCUUUGGGGGCUUCUAGUGGCUGCCAACCAGUUUGUUAUGUUGAAACUCUUAGCUGUUAGUACCAUAUCUCAAAUGAUUCUAUGAUGUUAGCAUGCUAUUGUAUCUUUUGCUGCAUAAUUGUCUGCUAUAUUCCGGAACUUGGUUCUUUUCUUCUAUAUGAUCUCCUACCUAUGUUGCUCCGACUCUUUUUCUUUAAGUGCCUAUAUUUGACACUCGGGUAUGGGGAUAUGACCUCUUAGGAUUCUCCCAAGUACAUGUAAAAGCUUAGAAAAUUUUGACUAUACUCGCGUAAGAGACAUACUUAUGACCUAUUCACACCCCAGUCCAAGUAAAAUAGUCUCCUAUGGCAGCUUUUGUGUAGGAAUAAUCACUUAUUCUUCUUUAGCUAUCUUAUAUUUAGAAUGAAAAUCAAAUAUAAUCGAGUACUGUUUUGUUGUGACUUUCUUUGGGUUGAUCAUUUGUUUUAGUGAGAACAUAUUCAUUAUGAACCCAGAAUUUAGUUCAGUUGAUUCAUGCAGCUACCCCCUAAAGCGGUUGUAUUUGACGGUGUCUGAAGUUAAAACCUCUUGUGUGCAACCUUUUCCUCUAGCCCUUGAGUGAUAUGGACUACUUUUUCGUGUAUAAUUGACUCAUGUUUAAAGUGAGAAUCUUAGGAGGUCUAGGGUUGACACCAUUCUUGACCAAAAGGGCUGAGGGUAUAGUUUCCGGUAUCUAUUUCAGGCAUGUUUAUAAACAUGGCAAGAUACAUUUGUGGUACUUUUUACAGGUGACAUUUGGAACCUCAGCUAGAAUUUGUAUGAUUUGAAUUAAAACUUUUUUUUUUUUUUAAUGUUUUCCUGGACAAUGUAAAAACUUGUGACGGACGUGCUGUGUUUGGUCUUCAAUUUAUUAAAUAUGCAGAGUAUACAUAUAAUGUUCUAAUA